CGCAUUCUCUGAACACUAUACAUUCUUUUGUGCAUUCUCUGUGCUUUUCAUUCUCAUUCUAGCUGGGCUAGCAAAUUUUGAAUUCUUCUCACAAUCCUUAAGCAUUCUGUCGUUGCACGACCCCAACAUUGUCAUUAUGUCUCUCCGUUCAGUAUUCGUGGCAACAACUGUCUUCCUGGCUUCUGCCAGUGCCCACAUUAUCAUGGCCCAGCCCGUUCCAUAUAGUGUCGACAAGAUUGACAACAGUCCCAUUACCGCUUCGCAAUUCCCUUGCAAGUCUCAGAAUGGGUUCACCGUUUCAACGAUGAACAAAAUGGCUGUUGGAUCUAAGCAGACCAUCUCUUUCAAGGGCACUGCCGUUCACGGAGGUGGAUCCUGCCAGCUGAGCGUGACAAUGGACACUGAACCCACUGCCAAUUCCAAGUUCAAAGUCAUCAAAUCUAUCGAGGGAGGGUGCCCUGGUGUUGAAGCACAGACGAACACUUACGAUUUCGAAUUGCCGGACGCUAUUCCCAAUGGCAAGGCUACUUUUGCCUGGACCUGGUUUUCCAAGAUGAGCGGCGCCCCAGAGCUCUACAUGAACUGUGCACCGAUUGAGGUGACUGGUGGGGCCAGCGAUACCUCGAAGUUCGACCAACUCCCGGACAUGUUCGUUGCCAACAUCAACAACGGCUGCACCAGCCCUCAGAACUUUGCCACGAAGUUCCCCAACCCCGGGUCCGAAGUUCAAAUGGGCAACACAAACGAUGUGAAAGACCCGACGGGCAACUGCGGCUCUACUGGAGGCGGCAACACCCCGGCUUCCUCGGCUGCUGGUGGCUCUCCCUCUUCUGCUCCUAUCAGCCAGCCUGCUUCGUCCGCCCCAGCCGUGUCCUCCGCUGCGCCAUCCAACCCAGGAGGUGUCUUCGCUCCAGGAGCAUCUUCCAGCGCUGCCGGUGUAGCUCCAGCUCAAUCCACACUCACCACCCUCGUCACAGUUACUGGGACACCCUCGACCCCAGUGCAAGCAACUUCCGCACCAGCUGCUGGCACAGGCACUGGCACACCUGCUUCCCCUACUGCUCCGUCAACAGGUGGAGGAGCUACCUGCUCUCAAAACGGCGCUAUCGUUUGUAAUGGUGCCAACCAAUUCGGUCUUUGCAACAACGGAAAUGUUGUGUGGCAGAAUGUUGCUGCUGGUACUACUUGCAGCAAUGGUACCAUCCAAAAGCGAGCUGUGUACAACCGCCAACUUAGAGGCCGCGUUGCUCACGCGAGGGUUGUCCCCGGCAAGGAUUUCACCCCAAGCGACUAAGCAUCCCGUAAAACAGAUGCAUUUGUCACACACCCGCACUGCAUUCUUCGGAGGUUUUCAAUCACAGAUGUUUGGUGUAAAUUGAAGGAUGCUAGGGCUUGAUUUGGUUGUACGGCAUUCAUUCAUUGGAGACAUGCGGUCUGAGACCGGUUUGGUGUAUACUUCUUUCUUCACGUAUUCUGGAUCCAUCUUUGCAUUUAUGGAGUUAUAUUUGGCGUGAGAUGGAUAUCUCACAUAAAGGAUUGGAAUACCAAAUGUAGAUAUACAAGUAUAAGCAUCGUACAAAUACGAA